AGUCGGUGCACACGUAAUUGAACUAUAUUAGACAGUACUAGCUCCAGUACUAGUCAAUGCACAUAUAUAAGUAUUCAUUGAUCAUCCCCUCUCCCCCACACAAUCUUGUGUAUCCGCAAAACCACAAUCAACUUCGCAAACCUAAGCACCACUACUACUCUUCUGCUUCCCCAUUCCUCCCUCCCUUUCGAUCUGUUCGUCCUCCUAGCUCUAGCUAGCCUCUUUGGUCAGGUUAUAGAUUACAUAGCACCAUGAAUUAUUCUCCUCCCGGUUGGCUCGAUCGAUUCAGCUAGCUGAGCUUCUCGAUCGAUCAACCGAUCUUGGUUGCUUCUUCUUCGAUCCUUUCACUCCGUGUAGUUCUUGAUUUGAAGGAUCGACGACGAACUCCCUGUGGCUUCUUGUUCGCCGGGUUCAGCCGCAUCCAUGUCGAUCACGGAGGCUAGCCUCCACUUCUGCUACCUCCACUCGCUCUCCGUCGUGUUCCUCUACUUCUUCUACGUGAUUUCCUGAUUCGCCUCAUCCGCUUCCUCUCCAAACCUGAUCAAACAAAGCUUCGUGCACGAUCCAUCUUCGCUGAAACUAAGGACCAAAAACUGAAGCUUUGUUUGAUCCAAAAAAAUAUAUAUUCUACUAAAUGUGUUCUAGCUUGUUCCUUUCCUAGUAUCGCCUUGUUCCUGCACGCGAUUGCCCAACUUGGAGCACGAAAUAUUUCUGCCUAGUACGUGUUCGAUCGGUGUUCCACGGUGAGUGUUAGUUUCUCUUUGUGCUCUGUGAUACAUUCAAGAUGUCAGUUGCGCCGGCGACGGAAGGGUCCGCACGCCGCUCGGCGGCGGCGGCGGCGGCGGAGGAGGAGGAGCGGCAGCGCAACCGGAAGAGGUCGAACCGGCUGUCGGCGCAGAGGUCCCGCAUAAAGAAGCAGCAGUACGUGGACGGGCUGGCCGUGGAGGCGGAGCAGCUCCGGCGGGAGAACGACGCCAUGCGCGCCGGCGCCGGCGCCGUGCUGCAGCGGUGCCGCCUGGUCGAGCAGGAGAACCGGGUGCUCGCCGCGCACGCGCGCGAGCUGUGCAGCGCGCUCCAGCUCCGCGCCUCGCAGCUCCGCCUGCUCGGGGAGGUGGCAGGCGUGCCCCUCGACGUGCCCGACGUCGCCGACCACCUCGUGCAGCUCUACGGCGGCGACCUGGGGAUGACGCCGCUCUCGCCACCGCCGCUGCUGCCGCCGCUGCCGCCACAGAUCGAGAUGCUGUACUUCCAGCCAGACUCGGUCAUGGAUCCGGUCAGUAUGCUGCAGGGCUACGAAAACAUAUGAAACUCUACAUUGUGUACUUGACUUAUGAUUGUUGCCACAUGCGUGUCUUCGGUUUGUAUGGUGUGAUCUAGCUACUGUACGUUAAUACUGUUGUUGAUUUUACGAUCCAUAUUCCUGUUUUGAUUGUGUAGUAAAAAGUAUAGCUUGUUGCGAGGUACAAGAGUGGAGAAAUAAAUAAAGUGUGUGAACAUUGUAUAAACUUCAGUUAGCUUAGAUUGUGUAAUGUGUUCUCGUGGUAUUUGAUUUGAUACACCCUUCAUUUCAUAUUAUAUUA